AUGGAGGAAAAGAUCAAGAGUCUGGAAGAAAAACUUUCAGGAGCCGAGCAACUUCGUAGGAAGUCGGAAGGUUUUAAGAUUCUAAGCACCCGGAUAAGAGAAUACAUGGAGAGGCUGGAAGCUUUGAAUAGUCGGAUACAGACUAUAAACACAUUGAUGGUGGGAUAUGAUCUUGUGGACUUUCUGAGUGAUGAGGCUGUGGACAUGAAUUCAAUGGGGCUUGACAUGGUUGUUUCCACAAUGAAGGAUGUUAUGUCUGCCAGCCGCCAGUUCCAGAAGGACGGCUCGGCAGAGUAUCUGGAAAGAUGCAAAGGCCUGCAAAAGAAAAUAAGGAGGAUUGGAUUUCUUAGAUUGAACGAGAUCAUCUACAGGUCUGUAGAGUCGCUGAUGGUGGAUCCAAGCUUUGGAGAGUUUGUCCGGCUACUGGAAGAAGAUCUUGUUUACAGAACACAGGUGAAGAUUUUGCAGUCGAGAAAGGUGGAAUGUCUCCGGAAGUCUGUGUACAUAAAGAACAACAGGGAAUUUCUGUUCAGAUCGAUGGUUCGGCAGGAGCUAUGCAUCUUCCUGAAACUAUUUCCAUGGGAGUCUGAGAGGCUGAGGAAGAGACUUAAAGAAUUCAAAGAGGAAAGACCUUUGGCUUCCUCGGGGCUUUUCGAAUGUUUUUCGUUCUCUGUCCUCAAGGAAUACUUUGAGAGCUGUGGCAUAGAAGAGCUUGAAUCUUUGAAGAAGCGUCUGUUUGUAGAGCUGAAAAGCAGUGAAAAAAGUAUUUCUGGAGAGGCAAAGGAAAGCGAGGACGGGGACUUCUAUGCCGGAGUUCUGAUGCUUGUAUCUGUAAGACAUUACCUUUCCUCAAAACAAAAUUACAGUGCUCAGAACGAAGUUAUUGAGGUCUAG